AUAACUAUUUUGUAUUAAUUGUAUAGGACAAAAUAAUAAAAAUGUCUAAUUCUAUUGAUGAGAAGAAAGUCCCUGUAGAUGUGGUAGAUGAGAUUACUUCUAAGGACUUCUCUGGUGACGAGGAAUAUGACUUUGGAAACCCAAAUAACUACUCUACAAAUUACGUUGAUGAAUAUAAUCCAAAAGGUUUAAGGUAUCCAACUCCCGAAGAAGCUAAAACAUUAAGAAGAAUAUUAGGUAGAGCUUCUUACGCUUCUUAUUUACUUUGUUUAUGUGAAUUAGCCGAAAGAGCUUCUUAUUAUUCUGUUACUGGUAUUUUAACAAAUUUUAUCCAAAGACCAUUACCAGAGAACUCACCACAUGGAUGGGGUGCCCCAGCUUCAAAAACAUCUUCUCAAAGUGCUGGUGCUUUGGGUCAAGGUUUACAAGCCGCUAACGCAUUAACAACUUUACUUACAUUUGUUGCUUAUGUGGUUCCAUUGUACGGUGGUUUCGUUGCCGAUACCAAACUUGGUAAAUUUAAAGCAAUUUGGAUUGGUGUGAUCGCUGGUUUCGUUGCACAUAUUUUAUUCGUCAUUGCUGCAAUCCCAUCAGUUAUUCAAAAUGGUAAAGCUGCUUUAGCUCCAACAAUUCUUGCAAUCUUGACUUUAUCAGUAGGUACUGGUUUUAUUAAGCCAAACUUGUUACCAUUAUUAAUGGAUCAAUAUCGUGAAAAGGCUGAUGUUGUCAAAGUCUUACCAUCAGGUGAAAAAGUUAUUGUUGAUAGACAAAAGACUUUAGAAAGAAUGACAUUGGUUUUCUACUGGGCUAUUAAUGUCGGUGCGUUCUUCCAAUUAGCUACUUCAUAUAUUGAAAGAAGAAUUGGUUUCUGGUUUGCUUUCUUUAUUCCAACUGUUGUAUAUAUUCUUUUACCAAUAGUUUUGGUGUACUUAAGACCAAGAUUAGUAUACUCAGAUCCUCAAGGUUCCGUUUUAUCGAAUGCCUGGAGAGUAACAAGAGUCACUUUCUCUAGAGGUUGGCUCAAAAGGUAUAGACAAAAUUCUUUAUGGGAAUGGGCAAGACCAAGUAAUAUGAUCGCAAGAGGUAGAGAAUACUACAAUGAAAAGAAGAGAACUCCAAUUACAUGGAAUGAUCAAUGGGUCUUAGAUAUCAAACAAACUGUCAACUCAUGUAAGAUUUUCAUUUAUUUUCCUAUUUUCAAUUUAGCUGAUGGUGGUAUUGGUUCUAUCCAAACUUCACAAGCUGGAUCAAUGACAUCCAAAGGGAUUCCAAAUGAUUUAUUCAGUAAUUUCAACCCUUUAACUAUUAUCAUUUUGAUUCCAAUUCUUGAUUACAUUAUUUAUCCAUUUAUGAGAAAGUAUAAGAUUCCUUUCAGACCAGUCUGGAGAAUCGCUUUCGGUUUUGUUUUGGCUGGAGCUUCACAAAUUGCUGGUGCCGUUAUUCAAUGGAGAGUUUACAAAACGUCCCCAUGUGGUUACUAUGCUACUGUAUGUGACGUUGGUACCGGUGUUUCCCCAAUUUCAGCUUGGGUAGAAGUUUCAACAUAUAUACUUUCUGCUGCCGGUGAAUGUUUUGCCAAUACAACUGCUUACGAAUUAGCUUACACCAGAGCACCACCACAUAUGAAGGGGUUAGUAAUGGCUUUAUUCUUAUUUACAACCGCUCUUUCUUCAGCUUUAUCCGAAGCUGUUACUGCUGCAUUGAUUGACCCAUACUUAAUCUGGCCAUUUGCCGCAGUUGCCAUUGCUACUUAUCUUGCAGCAGCAGGAUUCUUAUACCAAUUCAGAAACUUACACAUAGAAAUGGAACAAGAAAGAAUUCUUAGAGAAGACUUAGAUAGAAAGGAGGAAGGUCAAAGGAUCGCCCAUGGUGGUAUUGAAGAUGAUAACAACUUAGAAGCCGUAACCUCUAUUAAAUCUGCCGUUGGAAAGUAG